ACAUCCGUAGUACAACAACUCAAGCAUGAACUUGUCAAACAAAACAAAAUUAGACGAAGAGGGAUAAAGUUGCACUUUCUGUUUAUAAAACAUUAACAUUUUGCCAAUGGAUUUUUACCAAAAAUAAAUAAUGGCAAGAAAUGGGAUGUGUCUCAGCACGAAUACUUUUUGAAGACGAAGAAGUCAAGAAACCAAUAACGAAGAGAUACAAGAACCCUAAACUUAUGACAGGGGACAUUACAAAGAAAAAUGAAUCCAAAUUAGAGCGAGAACAAGCAAUGAAAUUACGACAACAAGACCGCAUAACUGCAGCAGAGGAAAUAUCGCUGAGGACAUUAGAUGAGAAGGAAAGAUUGUCACUUGGUACUAGAUCACGAGGGACAUCAAGGGUGUCAUCUAGAGCAGGAUCUCCUACUCAAGCUAGAAAGGUUCAUUUUAAGACAGAAGAUGGUGAUAAGAAACAGAAGAACAAUAAUGAUCAACAGAGUACCAAACAAGUGCAAUAUGAACUACCAUUACAAAAUGGUGAUGUUGACAACCAAUCAAAACAUAAGAAAAAGAAACAUUCGAAGAACUCUGUUAAACCAAUCACAGACAAGAGCACAAAUGACAACAAAAUUCAACAACCAAUUACAAAUAAUAAUACUGGGGAAGUUAGUGAAAAAGAGGUGAAACAACUAGAGAAGAAACUGUCAACAAUCGAUGAACGUGCAUCGAGCCGAAACAGUGGUAAAUCAGAUGAAGUGAAACGAUAGCCGUAAUUAUAUUGUAAACAAAGGCAUUGAAGAAAUAACAAUUUAUAGGACACUGAAAUUUUUCAGUUAAUUUUGGUAUCAGAUGAUUUAAGUCUUAUUUAUAGAAGAUGUUCACACUGAUUUGUUUAGCCUAAACGUGCUGUUUACAGCAUCUUUGUUACUGUAUUUAAUCUAAAAUGACCUUUCAUAAUUGUAUAAACAGGUAAUUGAACAGCAAAUUGCACUUGUCUUUCUAUGCACCUGCCAUAGGCAACGGAGGCAUUAAGUGUUACCCUUGUCCAUCCAUCUAUACGUCUGUCCAAUUUUCAUUUCGGCACUCUCACUUAAGUUUACCUCAUGCACUCAUGCACUCAUACACAAUGUUAAGAACCUAAAACCUAAACAGUGAUUGAAUUUGGGUAGUGAGUCACUUAUGGUUCUAGAGUUAUGCCCUUUAUAACUUGGAAAAUUGAAAGUUUUUUCAUUUCUGCACUCUAACUUUUUCUCAUCCAAAUUUUAUGAAACUCAUACCCAAUGCCAAGAACCAAACCUAGUAGACAGAGUUCUAAUAUGAGCAGUGAGUCACUUACCGUUCUAGAGUUAUGCCCUUUAUAAAUUGGAAAAUUGCAAAAUUUUUUUGUUUCUGCACUCUUUCUUCAGUUCGUCUCAUCAAAAUUUUAUGAAACUUAUACACAACACAUAUACAGAGUUUGAAUUUGGGUUAUGAGUUAUUCACCGUUGUAGAGUUAUGCCCCUUUUUAACUUGAAAAUUGCAAAGCGUGAGCGGGGGCAUUUGUGUUCUCAGUCACAUUCUUCUUUUAUUCUAAUAUAAAUUUUUAAAAUGUAAUAGAUGUAAUAUGAAAAUCAUUGAACCUUCAUAAUUGUAUAUGUGUAAAUUGUAUUAUGAGAUUUUGCUUUUAGCAUAGUUAGCUCAAAAUAAAAUACUGAGAAUUUUUAUAGUUGAACUAUCAGUUACAAAAAUAUUGUGUUUCUUUUCAUAUUCCAUCCUUCUCAUAAUGUUUUUAUAGAAUCGAGGGUUUUUUUAUAUAAUGGUUUUAGCCCUUUUUCAUCCAAAAAAGUAAAAAAUCAAUCUGUUUAUGUUUUGUAAAAAUUAUCUUUUAGAGAAUCUUCAAAUUUCCAUUGUGUGUUGUUGAAAAUGUUUAUUUAAAUCAUAAGUACUCUUUCUAUAAAUAUAAUUAUUUUAGAUGUCUGAAAUCCUUACCAACCCUUAUUUUAACAAUGGUAAUGCUAUUACUUUCAGCUUAUUCUUGGAUGUAAAAUUGUAUUCAGACAUUUACAGUCAUAAUUGAAAUUGUUGAAAUUUUAAACAUAUUGCAACAAAUGCUAUGAAACAACCAUAAUUAUUGUUAAUUAUGUAAUAGAAACACAACAUUUUUUCAGUGGCAAUCUUGUCUGUACAUAUACUUUUAUAGUUUUUAAUAGAAAAAUGUAAAAAGCUUAAGACAUAAAUACCUCAAACCAGAAUGUCCUCAUUAUUGAAUAAACAUGGAUACCAAGAUGUGUGUGUCUAUUUAUUUUGAAUUGUGGUACAUUUUUUAUUUAGGCAAAAUUUAUAUGUAUGAUGGUUCAUGGCUUUUGUUUAUGUCUUUGUGUUUUAAGGUAGUAUGGUGUAUAGACAAAAAAUGACAGAUUUUUGUAAGGAAUAUACAGGGAAAAGGUAUUAUUAUGUGAAUAAUUAAAAGAAGACUUAAUAAUAGAUAUUUGAAAUAAAAUAUGAGAAGGUAUAGCUCUUACAAAUUGGUUUCAGAAAUUAAAGAAAUUAGGUCACUGUUCUUUUUUUUUGUUCUAAUAGAAAAUAGAAAGAUCAACUGUACACUCCUUCAUAAAAUUAAGUUACCCGACUUAUUUUCUAUUAUAAGGAAAUUUUAAAUCAAUAAAAAAUAAUCUGUAUUUGUAAAAUUAGUUGUAAUAACAAGCUGAACAGCUUUAAAAACAAUUUGCAUUCCUGCCACAAAAUUUUCUUAUUUCAAUUUCGACAUUGUUUUCUGCUAUUUUACAAUAAUUGUAUUUGUAAUAUAAUCACAUGACCUAUCAUAAAAAAAAUAAAAAAAUAAAAAUUUUAUAAUACUAAGCAGUUUAAGUCUACUGUAUUUAGAAAAAAAACCACAUAUUAAAUACCAUCAGGUAUGAUGGUGUUCUCACAUAUAACUUUGUUUAAAAUUUUGAAAUCUUUUAGAUAAAAUAUGUUUUUGGAGUCCAAAUUGCAACAAGAGGAACCAGUCAGUUUGUAAAAAAUAUGUAAAUUCAUGUUAUUCUUCCUAGCAAGGAAUACCCAUUCAUAAUAAUCAUUGUAAAUACUAGGAUAAAUCUUUGCAUAAAUGACUGACUCCACUAGUUAAUGCCAGUCCAGCUCAUUUUGGAUAAUAGAAAGAGUGUAAAAAUCAAUCUUUGUGUCUUGAUUAGAACAGGGACUUUUUAGCUAAAGUAAUUUAAAACAACAGAAGUUUGCACAUAUUUUGUACAAUUGAUUGUAACCUUAUUUCGGAUGUAUAGUGCAGUUUAUGAUUAUACUUAUUAUGAGAAAAUAUAAUCUUCAUGAAUAUUUGUAUAUUUGACCAUAUCAGGGAUCAUUGAAUUUAUACAUGAUUUUGCUAUAUAAAUAUAUAUAUUUAUUGGGAGGAUAAUCUGUUUUGAAACUUAUAAUUGUACAUUGAAAAAGGUUUUUGAUAAUCUUUAUGACAAAUGCUCAUUUUGUAGAAAGCAUGGUUUUGUAAUAUGUUUAUUUUUCCAGUCUGAUUAAGAAUGAAUUUUGCUUGUACAAAGUUAAAUAAGUGUUUUAAUGGUAAACACAUGACAAAAUCGAAGAAAUUUCUUAGUCAAUGUUAAAGAAAAUUAUUUUUAGAACUUUUCAAAUGUACAGAAAUGUAUGGCUUUCUAUAUACUACGUUAUGAAGUGUAUAAAUAUGAGAAAGAUAGAAAUACGAAAAACGACCGUAAAUAGAAGCAGACAUAAGAAUUUGCAUUUAAUCUUAUUGACACAGUUACAUUUUUCUUGUAGACUUAAAAUCAUGACACAUUGUUUUAUGCCAUUUUACCCUUAGUGACACAGUUGCAUUUUUCUUGUAAACUUAAAAACCAUGACAAAUUGUUGAAUGAGUAUAAAUGAGGUUAAUUUCUAUUUGUUAGAUAUCCAAGACAGUAUUAGCAGUUGCCAACACUUGUCAACUGUUGUCACCUAUUAACUUUUAAGGAAUUUCCUCCUUUUGAAGUUAUGUACGAAAAUUUACCUUGAUUUUAUUUAUAUCUGUUUAGUUUACUUGUUACAAUACUGUUCUUGAUACAGUACCAAAAGGAAAAUUUGAUAAGACUGACUAUGUAUAGCAUUAAGUGUAUUGGUAAAAAUGUUUUUGUACGAUAAGUGUGAAAGAGUGAUAUAUGGAGUAUUACAGAGACUUAUCUGUAGUGUCAGGUUUGGAAAAUGACUCCUAGAUAUUUAUUAUACAACUACAAUCAUUUUUUUUUUCCCAUAACAAUUACAUAUGUUGGAGAUCUCAUUUGUAAUGCCAUAAGCACUUUUUUUAACAAUGAUUACUAAUUAAUUUUUAUGCAAAUAGAAAGGAAAAUAGUUGAGUGGAGAAAUGAUUAGUUUUUAUACGCCCAUUUACGGUAUACGGUUGUCCGUCCGUCGUCAACAUGACCGACAAUAACUCAAAAACGCUUUAACCAAUUUGCAUGAAACUUUGUUGAAUUGUUUAUAUCUAUUGACAUGAGCUCCUUUCGAUUUUUUAUAAAUUUUAGAUUUUAUAUUUUCGAGUUAUGGGGUUUUAUUCAUCAAAAAAGGGGGAUUUUCCAGUUUUCGGCCAAUAACUCAAAAAUGCUUUGAGCAGUUUUCGUGAAACUUUGGUGAAUUGUUUAUAGCUAUUGACAUAAGCUCCCUUUCAAUUUUUGUUGAGCCUGCAACUUUUGUCGCAAAUGCGAGACAUAGCAAUCCUACAUUCCGUCAUCUGCGUCGUCCACAAAUAAUCACUCUGUGGUUAAAAUUUUUGAAAUUUCAAUAAAUUUCUUAAACUAUCCUGGAUUUCUACCAAACUUGGACAGAAGCUUGUAUAUGAUCAUAAGAUAGUAUCCAGAAGUAAAUUUUGUAAAAAAAAAUCCUGUUUAUCCGUAUUUUACUUAUAAAUGGACUUAGUUUUUCUUCCAGUUAACAUUACAUUCUCUCUGUGGUUAAAGUUUUUAAAAUUUUAAUAACUUUCUUAAAUUAUCCUGGAUUUGUACCAAACUUGGACAGAAGCUUGUUUAUGAUCAAAAGCUAGUAUCUAGAAGGAAAUUUUGUAAAAAUUAUUUCCUGUUUUUCCAUAUAUUACUUAUAAAUGGACUUAGUUUUUCUUCCAUUUAACAUUACAUACAGUCUGUCCUGGAUUUUUACCAAACUUGGAUAGAAGCUUCUUACAAUCAAAAGAUAGUAUCUAGAGGAAAAUUUUUAAUAACUUUUCCCCCAUUUUUGUUGAGCCUGCGACUAACAGCAAAAGUAGGCGAGACACUGGGUUCCACGGAACCCUUUCAAAUUUUUAUAAAUUUUAGAUUUUAUGUUUCCGAGUUAUAGGAUUUUUUCGUAAAAAAAGGAUUUUCCAGUUUUCGGACAAUAACUAUAAAGUUCUUUGAGCAGUUUUCAUGAAACCUUGGUGACUGGUUUAUAUCCAUUAAAAUAACCUCCCUUUAGUUUUUUUUAUAAAUUUCUGAUAUGACAUUGUGGAGUUAUGGAAUUUCAUUCUUUGAAAAAGCGAAGGGAGUAUCAUGCGCUCAUGGCAGAGCUCUUUAUUAAAAUUGCUUGACCAGUUUGAAUUAUUUUAAACUUAAGGAAAUAUCUUCAUGUUAUUUCACAAAUUUUAAUUGUUGAAUAAUAAUUCUAUAAUUUAAAAUAUGAAGUAUUGCUUUUAUACUCUACAGAACUAAAUUGAAAUGGCAAUAGUUCCAAUACUCUUAUCAUCAAUACUUCAAUGAUAAAUAUUUUUGUUAAACCUUUGAUUUCAAUAGAAUUUCUUAAUAUUUUCAAAUAGAAAGAAUUUUGAAAAUUAUGUAUAAUAAGAAAUUACUGUAAAUUCAAAUUAAUGUUUUGUUUUCAUUCAUUUGAAAAAUGUAACAGGAGAAAAAUUGUAUUAAAAAAGAUAUGCAUCCUAAUUUUUGUAUGGAAAUGUUCUAUUACAGCUUAUUCAACAUUUAAAAUUUUACAUUAUCAAAGAUCCACAUGACCGAUUCAUACACAUUCAGUAGUAUUUGUAGGUAGUUUUGUAAUUCUAACAGACAAUGGCAAAUGGUGCUGUUGACUUCUCACCAUGGAGAAAUUAUCUUUUAUAAUUGGCAUUGGAUUAAUUAAUCAUUGUGAUAAUUCUACUUAAUUCAUAACUAAUUAGUUGAUUAUGGGUCAUCAUUUACUAUUUUUGUCAUUAUGUCACUUGGACUGUGGUAAUAUUUAUUGCUUUGAAGAAAAUCUUUAAAAUGCGAUCAAUCCAUCUCAUUUGAAUUUAAAUUUAAGAAAAUUAAUUUGGAUUUUCUUUUCUUUUUUUUUUUUUUAGAUUUCUACUCUUUAAAUAACUAUAGAGUAAUUGGACAGUUACAACACUAGAUAACAAACAGAAAUUGUAUUUUAUAAAUAACAUGUAUGCUGAAAUACCUCUAACAUUUGUGAUCAAAGUAGUUUCCAUUUAAGAUUAGUAAUUAUUUUUAAAAUGCAGUAGAUUUAAUCGAAACAAUCCUUUUUUUAACUCUCUAUGAUAAUGCUGACAAUAUGAAAAUUUGGAUUUUAAUGAAACAUAUUCUGUUAAAAUUAAUAAUAAUGAUCAAUUUGAGAUUCCUUGAAUUGUGGUAAUUUCAUUUAAAUCAGAUAUUGAAAACACUUUGUAAAGUUUCUAAUGGGACAAUACUAAGCUCAUUAAAUUUCCCUGAAAUUAAUUCUGCUAAAAUUUGUAUUAAAGAUUAUUUUAUUCUUGUUUGAAAUAGCCAUUUACAUGUUUGCCUAUUUUUACAGGCCUAGCUGUAAACAAAUUGAAAAGUAAAACAGGAGUGAAAUGUUAUACCAGAUAAUUAUUUGUACCGGUAUGUACCAGUAGGUCAGAGAUCACUUGGUGUUUUUAGUUGUUGUCAUUUUUUACUGUGAUAUUUAUAUUCCUUCCACUUUACUUAUAUGAUAUUAAAAUUUUAGCUGUUAUAUUGCCAGAUAUUAAUAAAUUUAUCUUGACAAAA